CUACCUCCACCUCGACCACUUUCUCCUCGGCCACAAUCUCCUCGUCCACCACCUCCUCGACCACCACCUCCUCGGCCACCACCUCCUCGGCCACAAUCGCCUCGACCACCUCCUCGACCACCACCCAUUCUUGGGUCUCCACCACCCAUUCUUGGGUCACCACCACCGAUCCUUGGAUCACCACCACCAAUCCUUGGAUCACCACCACCGAUUCUUGGAUCACCACCGCCGAUUCUUGGAUCACCACCACCGGGACCACCACCCAUUCUUGGAUCGUCUCCACCAGUUCUGGGAUUAUCAUCCGGAGUUCUUGGAUCAGAUUCUGUAGUUGCCAUUUCUACUGUGGAAAGUCAGGUCAGUAAUAUGUUUUGACUAAAUAUAUUUCUUGUUGCAAUGAACAGCUAUGCAAAUGUGAAAUACCUCCCCGUCCGGAAUAUUGAGAUUCAAUCUUGUAGAAUGUCGUAUGUUUUUACGAUCGUUAUAAGCUGGCCUUUUAUACCUUUCAAUCCAUCAAUGCGUUUGUUAUUGACUCUCUUCUGGCCAAUCGUGGCUCAAAUA